CCCCCCCCGGCCACCGACCCCUGUUACGCCGCUGUUUUAUUCACCCGGCGUAUAUCACGGGAUACAUAGAUUAGUGAUACAAUACAAGGGGAUAUAUUUUGGUAUUCCGGUGGUGUAUGAGUCCGAAGUAUGAUGGUGAAAACUUGUUGGAAGUAUAGGCCCUAACUUUCCAUUUUUCUAGGAUGAGCAAAGUGAUGGACGGCUUACGGAGUUUUGCGAAAGACAGCAAGCCAUGUCGUCGCAUGGGAACAGCUAGGGCUGAAGAUAAUAAGAGGAAAGGACUACAAGUGGGCUGGUUCCAUGCUAUUCGUGUGACUGUAUUUGAAUCAUUGUAUUUACCAAGUGGUAUUGUAAGCACUCUGUACGAUCGAUGGUACGGACCACUUCCGGAUCGAUUGUAUCAAUAUAUCACUGAGCAUGCGCAGAGAGGUAAUCCUGAUAGUGUGAUGUCAGCCUUUGAUCGUUUCAAUAACGAAAGACAAUGGACAUGGUGCCUUGGACCAGCAAAAGCAAAAAUCAUUGGAAACAUCAUUAAAGAGAGACAACCAUUGGCGUGUCUGGAGCUGGGAACUUUUGUUGGCUACUCAGCUAUUAACGCUGCCAGGAACCUACCGAAGGGAGCACGAUACAUCUGUGUUGAACCGAAUGAACAGUAUGCCCAAGUCUGCAGAAAAAUUGUUGAAUUUACCGGCUUGGAUGAUACGAUCCACAUUAUGGAGGGCUAUUCACAUGACGUCAUAAAACAAUUUGGUGCCCAAUCCCAGAAAGCGGAAUUUGAUUUCUUCUUCUUCGAUCACCAGAAAAGUGUAUAUAAAUCCGAUUUAUUACUCAUGGAAAAGGAAGAUUUGAUUAGACCAGGAAACGUCGUUAUAGCUGAUAAUGUCAUUACGAGUGGCGCACCGGACUAUCUCGAAUACGUCCGGAAUUCACCGAAGUAUCUUUCGGAAUUCAUCGAGAGCCCUCUGCAGAAUACUGCUAUGAUUGAUGGUCUUGAAAUAUCUGUGAUGGUUUGAGUGAUGAGUUUAAUGUAUGAAUAUAUUGAAAUAGAUACAACCCUGCAGCAUCAAAAGCACUACACUUCAAAAAACUCCGGUGUUGAUUUAACACCAGCCUGGUAUCUAUAUAAUAUGUACACACCAGAGAAGUGUUAAACAACA